AACCAUAUAAAUAAUCGUUUAUCUACAAAAAAAUAUUGUAUUACUGUAUACUUUCGAUAGAAUCUUUCAAGAUAUGGCAACUUUACCAACUCUCUACGAAUACUACACAGGGGGUGGUAUAACACAAGGUCUGUCAGCAAAUCAACCGUAUUUCACAUUGAAUAACAGAAACUUCACCCUGUAUGGUGGAUCCACACAUUAUUGGCGUGUUCCCAGCGAGUAUUGGAGAGACAGGCUGAGGAAAAUGAGAGCAGCGGGGCUCAACACUGUCGAAACUUACGUACCAUGGAAUUUGCAUGAACCAGAACCAGGUAAAUACGAUUUUGGAGCUGGUGGAACGGAUAUGCAGGACUUCCUAGACAUCGAGAAAUUCCUCAAAACCGCCCAAGAAGAAGACCUCUUCGUUAUUCUACGUCCUGGCCCUUAUAUCUGCUCGGAAUUCGAUUUCGGUGGUUUGCCCAGCUGGUUGAUGAGAGAAAAGGGUAUCAAAGUGCGGACUUCUGAUGAAAAAUUCAUGAUGCAUGUCCGCAGAUACUUCACUACUCUUCUCACCCUGUUAACAGCUUUCCAAUUCACUAGCGGAGGGCCAAUAAUAGCCGUGCAAGUAGAGAACGAGUAUGGCAACACUGAAGAUCCGCAAGGAAAUCCUCCUUUCUUACCAGACACGGUGUACCUUCAUGAACUGAGACAACUCUUAGUAACCAAUAAUAUAACAGAACUGCUAUUCACCUCAGAUACCCCUACUAAGCAUGGUAGCGUAGGAUCUCUUCCUGGUUUAUUCCAGACAGCUAACUUCAACUCGGAUCCUGAGAGUCAGUUCAACAAGCUGAAACAACUGCAGCCUGGUAAACCAUCGAUGGCAAUGGAAUACUGGUCAGGUUGGUUCAACCACUGGACCGAGGACCAUUACAUUGGAGAUGUUCUGAACUUCGCGAAUGUCUACGAGGCGAUCCUCAAAUAUCCUGCGUCUGUGAAUCUCUACAUGUUCCAUGGAGGCACUAAUUGGGGUUUCUUGAACGGAGCCAAUAUGGCGGGCUCCGUAGAGCAGUCUGCAUACAAGCCUGACAUCACUAGCUACGAUUACGAUGCUCCUCUAACAGAAAGUGGGGAGUACACUUUGAAAUAUUUGCUUGUAAAGUAUCUUUUGGACAAGUAUAAUCCGAUUAAAACCAGGGUGCCAGAUAUGCCGAUCUCAUCCAGACCAAAGGCAUACUCAUCACUCAGUCUGACGAAUUUUCUAUCCUUUGGAGAUAUCAUAGCCAAAGCACCACACACUAUUACCAGUAAGGAUCUUCUGACUAUGGAAUUCUUACCAAUCAAUAACAACACUGGUCAGAAGUUUGGUUACAUCAUCUAUCGUAAAGAAUUUAUCACUAUCAACAAAGGAUCUUUACUCAGAAUAGAAGGAUAUGUGUAUGACUCUCUGAAUGUGUAUGUUAAUAAUAAACUGAUCACUAGGAAUGUUGUGGAUUUGGAAGGGUUUGGUUAUUGGAUUCUCAAGAAUGGGAGUAUAACUUUGAAUUUCGAUGAGGACUUGGCAAAUGCAACCAUAGACCUGGUGGUUUGCAAUUUGGGCAGGAAAAAUUUUGGUCUAUUGACGAACUUCCUACAAUACAAAGGAAUAUGGAACGGUGUAUUUUUGAAUGACCUGGAGCUGUUUGACUGGAAGAUAAUGCCACUAGAAUUCACCAAAGCUUGGAAUACAAAUCUCGAAGGUUGGCAUAAACCGAGUAGCUCGAAAAGUUCUUCAAUUGGAGCUAGAUUGAACAAAUUUAAGUUAUUUGUUGAGGAUAAACACGAUACGUUUAUAGAUAUGAGUAAAUGGCAUAAGGGGAUUGCCAUUGUGAAUGGCUUCGUUUUGGGACGUUAUUGGAAAGUUGGUCCACAGCAGAGCUUAUACCUUCCAGCUCCUUUACUCAAGAUGGGAAAUAAUGAUAUCCUCAUAUUUGAAGAGUUUCUGUCGAAUGAUGAAUUGACCUUUUCUGAUAUUCCCAUUUACUUCAACAAUAUGACGAAUUCUUUUUGAUUCCCAUUCUACUAGUGAUUAUGGAAUUAACAACAUUACAUGUGAUCUCAGUAUUAAGAUGAAAAUACUUCACUCAGCUUUCAAAUAACUUUAGGAUAUACAGUUCAAUCUGAUAUGGAAAUAUGGGUUCAGAAAGGAAUUUCUCAUAACUAUAAUGUUUAUUUUUUUAUUGUUCCUCAAAUAAGUGGUUCACAAUAGUUAUUUAUGUAUCAAGUGCGUUAGGAUCUAGUAACACUCGUGGUGCGUACAAGAUUUAAUUUUUCACGAAAAAAUUAUUUUAUUACAACGAAAAAUCUCUCCAUCUCCAUCUCCAUCACCUACCACAUCUUCCAAUUAUUGAACGUCUGGAAACAUUGCAAAAAUAAUUCAUGUUUCUACGGCUUCUGAAUUCACCGAAAGCAAAUGCUCGGGUUCGGCAGAUACCACUAAUAAAUAAGUUAUGAAAACUUCCAAAUUCCAGACUACUUUUCUCGACAAAAUUGUACUCUCAUUUCGUUUUGUUUUUUGUUUUCUAUAAUCCACUUCAUUUCAACUUUGGAACCAACCAUUAUAUUAUAGUUGAAUAGAAUGGCGACCGUUGAAUAUGAUUUCUGGUGUUGAGUUGGCGGGAAUUCGGUCGAAAUGUUGAAGAAAACCAAUUUUUAAAUUGUCGACGUUUCGAAACUUAAUUGUUCCAUCUUCAGGACACUGAAGUAAAAACAAGAACAUUCAUAUUAAGAUGAUAUUUUAAAAUGAGGGGUUUUGAUAAAAGCAAAAUAAGUUAUGUAAAUUAAUAUCGUUGAAAAUAAAACACUACUCACACUUUACAGAAAACAACAUUGAUAGGUACUUACAUUCAGGGUGGAUUUUUUAAACCCGGAAAGCCAACAUUUCGACCGAAUUCCCAACUCAACACCAGAAAAAUCUUUAUUUUAUACUUAUUUUCAUUCUGUUGCUUUUUAUCUUGAUCAAACAGGAGAAAUAAACAUAUACCUAUAUAUCAACCGUCUGAUAAUUGAUUUUGAACAACAUGACUACCCACACGUGCCUGGAUAAAUUAUUAUCAUCUUGAUUGAUCAAUUAUUCUUGUUUUCUAUAGAUUAUAGUAGAGACGCCUAUGAAAAUAUUGAUGUUUCUUGUAGUCUUCCUACAUUACCGAAGAAAAUAGUAUAUCCAUCGUAUGUACCUGUAUUGUGAAGUGAAUGAGUACAAAUAUACAUACUUAUUCCAACUUUUCAAUAUAUCAAGUAUAUAUGUUUUCCACAUUCAUUCUACUCUCUGCUCUUGCAUGCAAUGGCUUAAAUAGU